UAUUUGACUGUGACGUCACCUGAAUAUUGAUAAAACAUUGGACAAUUUAUACAGGGUUUCACGUUAUUUACAUUGGCGCUGAAAUCUGUUUUAUUUAUUUACAAAUGACGCUGGAUUCUAGAUGAAUCUCAGAGAAGGUUUUCUUGCAGGACCCGGUAAUAUGCCUGAAUAUAUGACCAGUUUUCCUAUGACGUCAUUGACACUGGACGCCAUUGCAUGCAAAGAAGAGGACGCUGUCGUUGUAGAAUACAUCCUUAAAGCUUCGGGGAGUGGGGGGGAGAUGCAGUACCCCCCGGACGUGAAGUACGCCUUUGAGGAGCUGUGCCCCGUGUGUGGGGACAAGGUCUCGGGAUAUCACUAUGGACUUCUUACCUGUGAAAGUUGUAAAGGUUUCUUUAAAAGAACCGUACAAAACAAGAAGGUAUACUCAUGUGUGGACAACAGAAACUGUCACAUUGACAAGAGUCAGAGGAAGCGGUGCCCGUACUGUCGAUUCCAGAAGUGUCUCAGUGUGGGAAUGAAGCUGGAAGCUGUCAGGCAAGACCGAAUGCGGGGAGGAAGAAACAAGUUUGGUCCGAUGUACAAGCGGGACCGCGCCCUGAAGCAGCAAGCUCUCCGACAGCAGCAACAACUAAUCGCCACGUGUCAUGCUCGGUUCUCCGGCGGAAUGGGCAUGAUGGGAGAUCAAGACAUUAAGCCUGAUCCCAGCAUGCUCCAUCAGCUGUCCUCAGAGGGCAACGUGGGAUACGCAAUGCACUCACCCCCACUGUCUGGUAUGCCCUCCCCGGGAAUGCCGGACUCACCCCCCCAGGACCUGAGUCGUCUGUCCAACUCGGGGGCCGCCUCACAAGCUCUGCCCACUUCCACCAACUCUCCAUCUCAGGUCUACACCAUGCCUCCAAACUACCAUCAUUCUGUCGUGUCAGCAAUGCGCAAUCAAUAUUCAUCCUCGUCACAUGUCAAUCACCAUUACAACCAUCACAGUCCAACACAGAUGUCGCCGCUCUCUCCAGUGGCGCCCCCUAUCGUGCCAAUUGUGCCUCAGCUGAUUCUGGAUGUGAAAGCAUCCAUGGCUGAUGAGAAUGAAAUAAAACAAAAACUGACAUCCUUUGUACAAAAUGAAUUUGGUCAUGAAGACAUUUUACAACCUAGUGUUCUAAUCAACAUGCUUUGUAAGUUGUCAGAUCAGCUUCUAUUUUUGAUGGUGGAGUGGGCGAGGACUUCAUUUUUCUUCAAAGAUUUAAAGGUGGAGGACCAGAUGAAGCUCCUACAGAACUGUUGGAGUGAGAUUCUGAUACUGGACCUGGUCCAUCGGCUGGUCAGGGAUACUUGGUCAGGGGAGGUCACUCUGUUAAAUGGCAAAAAGCUAACCUUGGAUUGUUUGGACAAACUCGGACUGUCAGCCGCCAAAGAAAGUAUCUUUGACUUGGUGCGGAAAAUGAAAGAACUGAAAAUUGAUGUCAACGAAUAUCUGUGCCUAAAAUUCCUUAUACUGUUAAACCCUGAUGUACCUGGUUUGGAAAAUCGCCAAGCGGUGGAGAACUCUCAAGAAAAAGUAAACUCGGCUCUAAUGGAGUACUGCGUCAAUUUUUAUCCGCACCUCAAGGAUAAGUUUGGUCAAGUUCUGUUGAGACUUCCUGAAGUCCGCUUGAUCAGUAUGCAUGCUGAAGAGUUUCUAUACUACAAACAUUUAAAUGGAGAAAUUCCCGAUCAAACACUGUUGAUAGAAAUGCUACAUUCUAAGAAGAAAUAAUUAGACACAUUUUAAAUUGUGUAUAAUAGGUGUAUGAAAAAAUUGUUGCUGGUAAAACACGCUUAUUGUACUGAGAUGGAAACAGUCUACAGAGAGAGAGAGAGAGAGAGAGCUGUAGGAAUUCUAUCUAUAGGUUGUUGAGUUUUAUUUUUUUUAUCAGGGAAAUGAAGUUUACAUAAAGACUACAGAUAAAAGUUAUACUCUGUGUAAACUGUGGCAGUGUUCUGCUAUGUACUGUUCAAAAUACAAAAUGCGAUAAUCAUUUUUAACAAGCUUGUGCCAUGAUUUCCUCUGUUUUGUUAUCGUAUACUUUAAUUGUUUAUAUCUGUACAUUGUUCUCAGUUUGAGGAACGUCAGAGAUCAUUCAGUGCUAUUUUACAUACAAUUGUGUGUAUGAACAAUUUUUUGUGGAAAUGUUGAUUUUUAAGAACUGUUGUAUGAGAAUGAAUUUGUUGUGUGCAUUUAUAUCAGUUACAGAAUGUACAUAUAAUGCCUUCAUUGAACUGGCAGUACAUGUUUGUAAUCUUUUGUUAAUGACUUAGUAAACACACGCCUCUCUUGUACUUCUGUAUUUAUCUUCAUAGAAAGAUGAAUAUUAUUGGUUGCUUGAUAUUAGAGCGUUUCACUUAACCUAACAUUUUGUUAAUGCAUAUGUGAUCUAUAGCCUCAUCAUUACAUUCAUAAUAACAGUGUGUGACGCUCUUGGUUCAAAGGGCAAGAAUAAUUCUGUUUUCUUCUGUUUGUUUGUCCACAACUUGAGACAGUAUAUCUUAGUAUACGUCAUGUUUUUCUGUUAAAUUAAAAAUAAAGGUCAGGUCAAGGUAAUCCCAGCGUACAAGUGGUGUCUGAUGCAUGGGCUACGGACCCAUUGUGUUUUUAUUUUACGCCAUUGUAUUAUGUUUAUAUAGGGCAUUUGUUUCCUGGCUGCUGAUGGCCUGGGGGUAGAGGACUGAGGCGGUCAGUGAUAGCUGUAUAGCAAUAGCAAUAAACCCUCAGUCACCGACUCCACAGUCACUCAGUGUCUUAUGGGGAGGGGAAAGCAUUUUAUCAACACCUUUAGAUAAUCUUUCUGAAUUUUAUAAUUAGAACUUUUACGUGAAUAUGAAAUAAAAAUGAAAUUUAUUUAUUUUUAAGAGAAAAUUAUUAUUUGAUAUUAUUUUUACCCAUUUAUCUUACAAAUUUUAUAAAUAUCAAUAUGAAUAAAAAAACAUUUUUAAUGAUUUUUUUAAUACAUGCAUCAAUUUGUGCAAACCUAUCCUAGACAAUUUAAAAUUAUUCCAAUCUCAGCUUGACUAGUAUACUACUAAGACCUGAUUGAUAACUGUUACCAUUACUUUUCCUAAUACAUGUAGUUCACUGAAGUUUGACAAUCAAAGAACAUUUAUUUUAUAAAAGUUGCUCAAAAGUCAUUGUUCCUGAAAACACCUUUUCAUAAAUGAUUAAAAAAUGUUCAACACAAGUUUUAAAAAAAGAAAAGUCUCACCAAAAUUUCUUUUUCACAUGCAUACACAUUUGUAAUCAAAAUGGCAAGUGUAAUAUGUAGAGUUUUACAUAAAAGUAUAUAUACAUGUGCAGAUUUAAAAAAUUGGGUUUUGCACUUCUAUAGCUUAAUUCACUAUUUUAGAAAAAUUGGUUUUUGAAGAGAAAAUUAUAUUUAAAAGAUUUUAACAGCAGCUAUUUUGACCUCCUUUAAAUUACUCCUAAUUAUAUACAUAUACUAUGUACCUUGUUGACGAUUGAUCAUGUGAUCUGAUGAACGCUAAGUCAUGUGACCCAAUUCUUAUCGGGUCAUGUGACCAAGAUGACCAUUCCUCUUUAUUCAUGAUGAUACAAAAUUAUAUAGAAUUAAAUGUUGAUAUCCUUUUACUCAUAUGGGAAUUUGAUGGCCAGGAGAACAGGCUUAUUUUUUUAGUCUAAAAACCCGUUUUAUACAAUAUAAUAUAUAUAUUUAAUAUAUUCUCAUAUUUAUGUCAUAUUAAAUCUCUGUUUUAGUUUUUUUUUCUGUGACUACACAAGCAGACUGUGUGAUUUUUGGAAACUGCCAGGUACUGGUGUAUACCUUGGUUUCAGAAUUGUACAUACACUUGUGAGUGUGUGUAACCGUGUGUGCUCUGGUGAGAAUGGUGCAGUGUUCCUUUGUUAGGAAUACAAGACAUUUCUACUAGGAUGAAUUUUCCAAACUUUGUUGUAAGCCUCAUGUGUUAGUGCUAUGUUGAAAUUGAAAAGUGCUAUAAGGAUGUUUCAUAUUCUGUAUGUUUUGUAUAAUAAUGCCUGGCUGUAACUUCUCGUACAGUCAUUGUUCAUGUUUGUUUAAUGGACUCUGAAAAAAAAAACCAUUGUAUAGUUGUUCUCAAACCAUUAACAGAGUCCUCUUUGAUAUGAAUAACUGUAAAACAUGGAUGUGGGAUGAGACAUAUUUAGAGGAAUCUGUACUAGAGAGAACUUUUCUCCCAGUAUAUCAGUUACCUCAAGUUUUGGUCUUAUUUCUCAUUCUGUGUUGGUAAAAAAAGAAAGAAAAAAUAAUCUCAAGACAUUGAACCAUGCAUGGGAGUACUUGAUUUGAUGGCAGUUUGUGGCAGUCAGGUCAAUGUCUUGUUAUUGCUGCAGAUUUGCUCCACUGCAUAUAUAUAUAUAUAUAUAUGAAAUAAAACAAGAACCAUU